CGAUGCUUAUCGCGCAAUCGCCACGAAAAACGACACGGCGGUGAUAAAGCAUUUUCAACGGCAAGGCUUCAUACUUGGGCGAGGUAGACGACGACGGGAGCGGACAAAAGUCGCCGGUUGGUGGUCGAGCCGUACGUAACGCUCUGUGAAUCUUGAUCGCGUGUAGAAGAUAUUAAAUUGAUCGCCAUCCUCGAACCCCCAUCCUCUAGAAUCCCCCAGACGAGAAUUCUCGCCUCCUUAAAGGCCAAUGGCAUCGUCUUCAGACUCAUGGAUGAAGGAAUAUAAUGAAGCCGUGAAACUUGCUGAUGAUAUCAGUGGCAUGAUUUCUGAACGGACUUCGUUUGCUACAUCUGGACCUGAAACCCAGCGCCAUGCAUCUGCUAUAAGAAGGAAGAUAACAAUAUUAGGGACUAGACUUGAUAGCUUGCAAUCCCUUCUGUCAAAGCUUCCUGGGAAACAGCCUAUAUCUGACAAGGAGCUGAAUCGGCGUAAGGACAUGAUUGCAAAUUUGAGGUCAAAAGUUAACCAAAUGGCAUCAACAUUGAAUAUGUCUGGCUUUGCAAACAGGGAUAGUUUGCUUGGACCAGAUACAAAACCGGCUGAUGCCAUGACCAGAACAGUUGGCUUGGAUAACGGUGGACUUGUUGGACUUCAACGGCAAAUUAUGAGCGAGCAAGAUGAGGGCCUUGAGAAAUUGGAGCAGACUGUAACAAGUACAAAACAUAUUGCACUGGCUGUAAAUGAAGAACUGGAUUUACACACAAGACUCAUUGAUGACUUGGACCAGCAAGUAGAUGUUACAGAUUCUCGGCUGCGGAGGGUGCAGAAGAACUUGGCAGUUUUGAAUAAGCGUACGAAGGGUGGUUGCUCCUGCUUGUGUUUGCUUUUAGCAGUUGUUGGUAUAGUGGUUUUGGUUGGUGUUAUAUUUCUGUUGAUCAAAUUUUUGUAAGGAUACUGAUUCUGGAGUUGGCAAAAAAAGUAAUGAUACUGAUUCAGGGACUCGAUUGCCUUCUCCUCUCACCUAUGUGUCUUGUUGUGAGUUGUUAUACUGUAACUGGGUUUCCUGACUUUUUUUAUGAGUGAUUUGUCACCGCCUUUGAAGUCGUUGAAGUCUUGGAAGGCUUUGUAAGAUAACUAUAUGCUUACUGGCAGAUUCUACUGUUGUGUGCGUGUCUGCUGUCUAUCUAUUUUGUAAUUGUGUGAAUGCUUAAGCCUGCACUUGAUCACUUGAUCACUUGUUCCUAGCCAGAAGGCCCAGACAUUAAUAUUGGUUCCUAUCUCAGAACCUGGGAUGCCAUUUUUCUUUGGA